AUGAUUCGUCCUCUGCUCAAGGGCCCAGCCUUUGCGGCUGCUGCCACAAGCAGUCUGAACGGCGUCCUAAAAUUAGCAGCCAGCGAGCGGGCUUUGCGUGGCGAGGAGGCUGCCGCUCCUGGAUGGGUGCAAAGCGCCGUCACUCUCGCCCAAGGAGGCGGCGCCUCUGUGCCGUCAGCGCCUCUCUUGCCUCCCCGAGCGAGGAAAGAGGACGCGGGAGCCAGACGGACGAGGAAAGUCGGAGCGGGGACGCAGCGGGGCAGCAGAAGUCAGCCUCGUCCAGCCGCGAGCGGGAGGAGAAGCAGCGGCAGCCCCAGCCAAGCGGCGGGGAAGUUGCACGAGCGACGCCUGAGCCAGCGCUGCGCCGCAGCCCCCUGCUCGCCCUCCCCGCGCGGUGGGGACCGAGGAGGGGAGGCCGCCUCGCUUGGGCCCCGAGAAGGCGGAGGCGUCCUGGAAGGGAGGGGGGCAGCGGCUGCCAUGAAGGCCAGCGGGGAGCAGAAACGGGGCGAGGCGGCCGCCAGCCCGGGCGACCCCUGGAAGGAGUGCAUGGAGGUGGCGGUGCAGCUGGCGCUCCGGGCCGGACAGGUGAGCAGGCGCCACGUGGGGGGCUCUGGGGAAGCAGGGCUGCAAGGGGGAGCGGGGCGGCAGCGUUUCAUUCCGCUGCUGCCCCUCCUCCGGCCCUGCGGGGUCUGUAAGCAAGAAGAAGCUCCAAACACGGAUUGACAUGCCUCUCUGCCUCCUUUUGAGAUUCGUGUGGGACUUGAGAAAUCGCUGCAUCUCUCUCUCUCUCUCUCUCUCUCUCUCUCUCUCUCACACACACACACACACACACACACACACACAAAGUUACCUGCUGGGCAGCGAAGGGCCAGGUCUCCUGGUUGCGGACAGAGCUUCUGAGUACCGCAAGCCUUUUGCACGCAGCCUUGUCAAUUCUGGCUGGCCGGUCGAGUUUGUGCAUGUUUGGCGGGGACGCGAGGUGCAUUUAGUUUAAUAGCUCCCUCUUACUCCCGAGCAAGUGCAUAAGAUUGCACGUGGAGAAAAGAAUGGGGAGAUGCUGGUGAAAGAGAGAGAACUGGUGGACAGAAGUAUUUUUUCCAGAAAUGAAGUCAGAUGUGGGCUAACUGUGGAUUAACAGUUUAGGAGGUAAAUGGGGUUCAACUGGGCCAGGUCAAACAAAAGGGCAAAGGAAAUCUACCUUGCAUUUCUGGACAUUACAGAAAUGGCUCUUCUUAACUACCUGGCCUAAAAGUAGCCCAUGGUAAAAUAUCAAAGAAAACAUUGUUGGAACACUUGGUUUAAAAAAACCCAACACAUUAAUUUGAGGUUGUUGAGUGGGUUUAAAUGGGAGUAAUCUGUAUUGCAUCAUUGUUGUAUCUGCAUUAAUGUGUUCAGUGUCAAGGAUGUAUCUUGUUAAUAUUCAACAAGAGUUUGGGUAAAAGUCUGUAGUCCUGAUUUCACUAGGAAUGCCUUGCUUUUCCAUUGCCAACUUCAGAUACCAUUUAAGGAGCCACAUUGUUAAGAUGUGACCCCUUUUUUAAAGGGCAAUGUAUAGGUUGAAAAAAAAUGAGUUAAAGGAAAUACUGUAUCAGUUUCUAGCCAAUAGCAUUCCAUUAACUGGAAGUUGAAAAGGUGUUUUGACAUACAGGUAAGGAGAACUAUGCAUUAUAAGAAAUCCUAGUAAAAUGACCCAGUAAGAACUACUGUACAUCGAUAUGCAAAAAUAGAGCAGUAUUUGAAGGUAAGAAUGAUCCCAUAUAUAAUAAACAGGUUCUCUUUCCAGGCCAGGUUGAUUGUAAUUUCUUUUCAAUGUCAGAGUUCAGUUCUGAAAUGUGAGGACUGUUCUCACAAGGACAGGACCCAACUUGCCUCAGUCAGCAAUCUGGCCACUAAAUUCUGUACCAGCUGCAGUUUCCGAACAGUUACCAGGAGGAGUCAUGGGGAAGGGCCAUAGCUCUGUGGAAGAGCAGAAGAUUCCAUGUUUAGUCCCUGACAUCCCCAGCUUGGGCUGAAAGAGACUCCUGUCUAAAAUGGUGGACAACCACUGUCAGUAUACACAUUACUGAGCUAGAUGGCCCCAUGGCCUGUGUCAGUAUAACACAGCUUCUUCUGAGUUGUCAAAUUAAAGCAGAAGUAAUAGGUAAAUUGGGUAAGCAUGCCCUUCUACCAUAGGGUCGCAUUCUGAAACCAUUUUGAAGGAAAGGGACUUAAUCCAAAAGCAAUUUUUUUGAUUUCAGUUGAAACAACAAUGUGUAAAAAUACUAUCUUGUUGAAGUCUCCCCUUCGUUCAUAAAAUUUGGAUGGCUAUCAAGCUACUAAAGCAGAAUUUGGUCAAAUGCUGUGGUAGUCGUGAGGGGGAAGAUAUGUCCAUUGCUCUCUGGAAACAAUUGUGUGUGUUUAAGACCACAUACAGAUAGCCCUUCCUCUCACCCAUCCUCUGCCUCUGAGUGAUGAAACAUCUUACCUGCUCUCUUCAGGAUAAUUUCACCAUGGAAAUCACUGUGAAACAAUAUGUAAAAAUACAUUUGUGCUUAUAAUAAUUUAGAGACAAACCUGUGGCUUCCAACGCAGCAAAGUUCUAAAUGUUGAAAAUGUAACCGAAUGGCUUACAGACCAGUGUCUCUGAAAUAUUGGUGACAUGUCACAGCAGUACCAGUUUGAUUUUGUUUUUUUUUGAUGGGGGGAAUAAUUUUUAUUUGAUUUUACAAAACCCGUUUGAUGUUUUUAAGCAAUUCUAUAUGGGCAUAACUGUGAACUUUUUUUGUCUAUUGCUUGUCAUUUGAGUCAGUUGAGAGUUCUGUGGAGGGAAAUGGUAAAGUAAUUUCUGAUUUAAUUUUUCUAGAUUAUUAGCAAAGCUCUCACUGAGGAAAAACAGGUGUCUACCAAAACUUCUGCAGCAGAUCUUGUGACAGAAACAGAUCACUUUGUGGAAAACUUAAUUGUUUCUGCUCUGAAAGAAAAAUUUCCCUCUCACAGGUAGGUCCAGCUAUGGUAUUAUCCUAGGCAAGUUAUGUUUUGAACUGGAAUUGAAAAUGUCAUUCUGUGAAUAAGAAAGCUUGGAGAAUAUCAGUACUAAUAAGCUGCUUCACACAUUGUAUGAAUGCAGUGACUGAAUGAUACAAACAUGCACCUCACGUACACUAGUAAGAUAACAGGGAUUGGCUACAGUUCUGCCAAGCGUACAGUUGGUGAUAAACUUAAAUGUGCCGCCAAUUGUCUGAAGAUGUCAUAAAUGGAUGGGGAACUGGCAACCUGUAGGCUAGUUGCAGCCCAUUGAGCUUUUGCAUCUAUCCUGCAGCCUCCCCUCAUCUGUUUCAGCCCCAUGAAGCAAUUAGCUGAGACCAUUUUUCUUAACCCUAAUUGCUGCAUGGGAGUGAUUUUUGUAGUGGUGAGAGCUAGCCAUGGUGAGUUAACCUUCCCCAUAUGUUGCUACUCUUCUAAAGAUUGUGAGGAGACAGAAUGGCAAUUAGGCUUAAGAAAACAGAUCCCAUUAAUGCAAAUAGGGGCCUUUGUUCUAAACAGUGGCGUAAUGUGGGUUGUCAGCACCCGGGGCAAGGCAAGUAAUUUGCGCCCCCGAACCCGUGGAUUUUAGUAGGGGCAGAGAGCUGCGAGUGCGAGCGCCCCCCCCCCAGAUGUUGCACCCGGUGCGGCCGGCCCCCCCUGCACCCCCCACACUACGCCACUGGUUCUAAACCUAAUUGCCAGAUUGCUAACAGUGGGGGAGAGAAGGGAAGAUUUGUAAAUAACUUAUGAAAGGGGGAUGGAUGAGCAUGGGGACGUGUGGUUUUCGCUUUGUCUACCACUGACAUGCAGCCCUCAACCUAGCUGGAUCCCUAGUUAUGCAAUAAAAUGUAUAGCCCAUCCCAGUGCUUUGAGAUGUGUUAGACUGAGAGAUAGUCAUUCAAUGAGUUUUGUGGUAAUUGGGGAUUUGAACCGAGAUGCUUCAAGUGAUCUACCAGCCCCAGGAGAAACCGGGAGCUUCUUUUCCCUCUGGCACAGCACCACAGCUAGGAGGUUAUAGUGCUCAGGAAACAGGAAGGAGCAUUUUGGGGCAUUUGGGAAGUAAGUGAGUAGAGAUCUGGGUGGGGAGAGACGAACCUUUUCUCAAAGCAUAGCACUGUGAUGGAGAGGUACCUGCCCCCUGCUGAUUGGUAGAGAAAGGGUGACUGAUUGUCCUCAGGAGAACAAAAGGUUGACCACCUUUCUGUAACCAUUCUACUCCUCCAGUUAAACAUCAGGUGAGAGUUGUUAAAUAUAACUGGUUGGCCAUGGGCGGGAGACAACAUGUUAAAAGGGUGUGUUCUUUUUUAAUUCUCCUGCCUCCAAUGUCUUCUCAAAUCCAGAUUAGAUUUCCCGUAAUGAAAUGAAUAUAGUAGUUUUAGCCUAAUCUUAGUGGACAUCUGUUCACAUGAAAAAAAGCCCAGCAGCAGCAACAAAAACAGUAACCUUCCCUUUAUAUAGGCUGGAAUUGAAGGUUGUUUUCACAAAUAUAGCACUAAGCUUCAAUAGACAGUUGCCAUCUAGUUUUAAUUGGGAAAGAAUAGCUGUGAAAAGGUGGGAAAACUGUAACUCUUCCAGGUGUGAGUAAUCUUGUAAAGCUUGAUGUCCUUUGCGCAAGCUGAAACUAAUUGCUGGAAUGUACACACAGUGCAGCAAAAGGUCAAGGGUUGCAUGUGCAUUAUAGCGCAAGACAUGUUCAAAAAUACAUGUGGUGGUCUGUGUAAAAAUGGUCCUGUUCUUGGAAACAAAUCAUAGUAAGCGUUAAUUGCAGUUUAGGCUUCUGAUCUCCUUGUGUCCUGGAAAGGGAGGCCAUAGCUUGGUGCAGCUCAUUCUCUUCAUGCUAAACCAUGGUUUAGUGUGAUGUCCAAAUAUGGCAGUCACAUGACUAGGGAACCCACACUGCGAUUUAAAGCCAAAUAAGACACGAUAGUGAUGAACAGGUGUUUUCUAUUCAUGUGCCUGUCUGGUUCAUAUAUUGAACAAAGGUUGAAUCUUACUCAGUAGUUUUUAUUUCAAUAGUAAGAAAACUACUCAUUGCAGAGUGACUUGUAUAUCUUCUAUAUGUGCUUCUGACUGUCAUCCAAAAUGACACCUCUUACCUGUUGUGAUGUACAAACUGUUGCUACAUUGUAUUCACACACAGCUUUUCAUGAGUGAAAAUACAUGGGUUUCAAUUUGUGUAAGACCCUGAAAUCUCUGUAGAGACCCUGAAAGUCACUUGAACACCUUCUAUAUGUGCUCUUGGAUAAUAUGCAAAGACUCACAUAGAUCCCCUUAGCAUAACUUAUAGUACUUUAUCUGAUGCUUGUUUAAGGCCAAAUGUAGCAGAAAAUAGCUACGUUUGGGUAUGCCAGUGCCUAAGUGCCUCCCAAUAAUUCAGUUUUAAUUUUCUCAUCCAUUAUAGGUUUAUUGCUGAAGAAGCUACCGCUGCUGGUUCAAAGUGCAUUCUCUGUGACAGCCCUACCUGGAUUAUUGAUCCUGUUGAUGGCACCUGUAAUUUUGUACAUAGGUAAAUACAUAAACAGUGCUGCAAAAAAAGCUACGUCUGCCUUUUCUCAAGCUCUUUGUCGUUCUUUAUUUUUCUGUGUCCAACCUAUUUGAGUAAGGCUUGCUUGCACAUAAGGUUCCUUUCUUGAGUCAACUUCUGCCCCAGUGCUUUGGGACGAAGACUCUGAUGAGUGCAUAUGCACAAACUCAAUUCUAGUUUAUGACUUUGGGCUUCCCAAGUGUUAUUGUGAGGGGAGUGCACACUCUCAAAUCCUUUGUUACAUAGUUUGGCUACUAUCAAGAUAGGUUCUUGCCCUUGUAGUGCCUUGUAGAAGUCUAUUACAGGUGGACAGAACUGAAUAGCACCAAUACACAAGUGCAGGGACAAGUACCAAAAGGGUGUAAUUACUAAGUAGCACAAGAAUUUGGAGCUGCCAUUGCUGUACCAUAAACAAUCAUCAACUGUAGUGGUUGGCACCUUAGUUCAGCAUAGUAAAGGUAAAGGGAACCCUGACCAUUACGUCCAGUCGUGACUGACUCUGGGGUUGCGGCGCUCAUCUCGCUUUAUUGGCCAAGGGAGCUGGCGUACAGCUUCCGGGUCAUGUGGCCAGCAUGACUAAGCCGCUUCUGGCGAAACAGAGCAGCGCACAGAAACGCCAUUUACCUUCCCGCCAGAGUGGUACCUAUUUAUCUACUUCCACUUUGACGUGCUUUCGAACUGCUAGGUUGGCAGGAGCAGGGACCGAGCAAUGGGAGCUCACCCCGUUGCGGGGAUUCGAACCGCUGACCUGACCUUCUGAUCAGCAAGUCCUAGGCUCUGUGGUUUAACCCACAGCGCCACCCGCAUCCCUAUAUUCGUUCAGCAUACCAGUUACCUAUAAAAACCUUAUUCUAAAAGAAUCCCUUAUCAUCAGAGGCUUUGGCUGAAAUCCAGAGAACUAUUGGACUAGUACAAUGUUCCUAAGGACAAUUGCUUUUAACAAUAUACUUUCCUUCUCCCUGCCAUUAGCAUGACAAGCUGGUUUUGAAACUCAGUGGAGAGUUCAAAAGAGGGAGGGAUGGUUGUAGUUGAAUCAGUCGUCAAGUUCUGAUCAAUUGCACAGCAUCCUAAGAUUUGAAGAAGGGAAAGGGAUUUUCUGAGAAUCAAAAAGUCAAGUCAGCUAUUUCUGCUUCAGCUACAGGGGAAAGGUCACUGCUAAACUGAUCCAACAGAUCAGGAUGCCCCUAAUUCUUUAACCAUUGGGAUUGUUUUUAAAAGGUAAAAAGUAAAAAUGUGCAAUUCCUUUAGAUACAAAGAAAUUAAGACUCUCAGAUUUCUUAGCUGAGAACAAACACAAUUGCAUUUCUGACAGGUAAAGUUGUUGAAAUUAACUGUUUAGAGAGCAUACUAACAGACGCAACUGGUUUUAUUUACACAGGUUUCCGACUGUGGCCGUCAGCAUUGGAUUUGCUGUUAAUCAAGAGGUAUAGGAUAAAGCUUUAUCUGCUGCUAUCGUGAUUAAGUGAAAAAUAUCUAACAAACUUAGUGAGAAUCUUGUGAGCUUCAUAACAAGUAACAAAGCUCACAGAAAGCCAUUUAGGUUACUGUAUUUAUCUUGAAGUGUUAAUCUGUUAUAACCUUGGGUUGAAUACACCAAUCUGCAUAAUCCUGAAACCAAUCCUUCGGUGUUGUGAGUAGUCUUAUUAUGACCUACCAUAAAUGAAUGGAUUCUGGAAUCAUUCUUUGGGUAAAAGAGUAUGUAUAAGUCGCCCUGCCUUUAUGGCUGGCAGAAUGUAAAGGUAGCUAAUCCCAGUUUCAGGGACCUGUUUUUAUAAGUAGUCUUGCAUGUUUUAAUUCUAUCAAUGUUUAAUUGUUUUUUAAUGAUGGCUUUUUCUAUGUUUUUCUUAUUUUUAAUUUGUAAGCCACCUUGAGUCCCUGUCAGAGAAAAAUGUGGAGUAUGUAUGUAUGCAUGUAUGUAUGUCUCUUUUCUUAAAUAAGGUCCAUUAAAAUCAACAAGACUUGUUUCCAAGUAAAUGCCUUUAGGAGUGUCAUACUUAAGGGAAAGGUCAGAUCAAGCUAUGCUAUUCGUUUCCUGAGUGACUGCGCAAGCAGCUUCCAGCUCAUCAAUCAAGUGGCAGACUUACCAGUUGUUUUUUCCCCCCCUAUUGCCAUCUACCUACCUGUGCUGCAACAUAAUUUUUCAUUCUUGUCUUGACUGUUAGAAAACCUGUUUUGGCAGCCUUUAUAAGUCUGCCCUUGAUACUAUUCCUUCAAGGGCAGAGUAGCUGACUUUGCAUUACACAUAUGCAAUGGUAAUGCAAUGCAGCCUUUCUUCAUGCAGAACCCACUAGAACACAAAAGGACUAUGCUGUAGGGGAAACAACAAAUGUUGUCUGUUGGCUGGGACACACCCUUGUUGCUAGAUGGCAGGUGGAAAGGACAAAGCUGUUCCAUAGAAUAAUAUUUGGCAAAGACAUGUUGGGUAGGGAUAAUAGUCUUGCAUUUAGUUCUUAUCACCACUCCUGUACUGUAUAUUCAGCAUCAGAUAUUGGUAACUCUUAGGAUACAACUUCACAUGCCUGUGUCGGACUUACUUAUUCAUAGCAACUGUAAAAUAAGGUAUAGGGGUGAUGUCAAGUGGUAAAGCAGAGAUGGGAUACUGAACCUUUUAUCUAUGGAUUUUGUGCUGUAGGUUACUUGAAGCCUCUGUCCUGCUACUCCAGGCAGCACCACUCAACAGACCUAGGAAACGAGUUUUUGUGCCAGCGCUAUAUCUGGAUAGUAACUGGUGCUUAACUUGAAAACUAAGCAGUUGUGUGAUAUGUUUGAUGUGUUGAGCUCUUGCUCAUUGUUGUCAACACUGUGCAGAAAAGAUUUCCAGGGGCUUCCUGAACAUGUAAGAAUUAACCCUAAAAUGUCUGUGGAGAUGGAUUAACUAAUUUCUUUUUGAAAUUUUAUGUACCUUGUGAAGUUGAAAGCCUGGCAUGCUCAAAACCAUUUCUUCUUUAUUAUCAGUAGCAUAAACUGCCAUUUAUAUGCAUUUUAUAUAGUGAUAAUCUGUUUAUAUUGCAAUAUAUAUAAUACAAAUUGCAUUCAUGAUCUUUUUCCUUUCCCAAAACGCUAAAGCUUGAAUUUGGUGUAAUUUAUCACUGCACGGAAGAACGAUUAUACACUGGUAGAAGAGGUCAAGGGGCAUUUUGUAAUGACAAAAGGCUUCAGGUAUCAAAAGUGACAGGUUGGUUUCAGUGCUCUAAAAGAAAUAUUUUGAAUAUUGUAUUAUUAGAGAGUCACAUUACCGUAUGUAAGUAGACUUACAGAGCAAUCUUCUGCAUAUUUACUCAGAAGUAAGAUCCACUCUGUUUAGUGGAGCUUACUUCCAGGUAAGUGCACAUAAGAUUGCACCCUCGAUGUAUCUUCUGCAUAACUGAAUAUAUUUUACAUUUAUUUAAGUAGUCCUUCUUUUCUAUACCAUACUUUAAUUAUUGAGCUUAAUAGUUUAAAAGAGGCUUUUAUAAAUCACUGUAAAUUUGGCCGCAAUAGAACUGGUGACCCUUGCUUAAUCUUAUGAUUAGGCAGCUCUUGAGUGACAGGUGAGUGGACAUAGUUCAUAUCUUACGAAUGGUGCUGGCAUGAAUCUCUGUACAAUUAUGUAAAACUGCCUGAAAAAAUGUAAUCUAAACAUUACAGCCACUGCAGGGAAUGUAUUUAAAGUGUACCCCAUUUCAUGUUGGGGCUGCAAUAAUGAAGCAGCCUACUUAGGGUGGAUUAGCACUGUCAGUCUGCAGAGUUGGUGGAAUUCUAGAUUAUUUAUUACCUAUUUCUUAAUGAAAAAUAUGUUGACUGAUUUCUAUCAGUGGAAGCAGAGAGACUUUUUAUUGUGAUUAAGGAAGUCUAGCAGACUUCUCAAUGGAAAAUUAAAAAAAAAUCACGUAGGAUGUGAAGUAUGUAUCUAUAUGCUAAAGAAAAGUUGUCCAAAAGCUUGAAAUUCAGUUAAUUGGUCCUGGAAUACUAGGGCUUGGGAUAGGCUUCUAACGUGUGCAGCUCUGAAAUAGCAGCAUGAGGCUAUGCAAUCACUUUAGAGGCUUUUUCAAAAUAAUAUGUUAGUUCAUGGUGGUAGUAUUAAUUCUGAAUUUUGCACGUAUGAAUUUUGAAAAUAUGAUAGGAAUUAUAUAUUCUACUGCAAGAUCUAAAAUGUACUUUGUGAUAGCCUUAGAGUUGAUGGGAUGUAGAAUUAUUUUGACUGAACAUUAUUGCAGAAUCUGCUGUGAUUCUAAGAGGGUAAGACUCUGCUUCCAAAUAAACGUAUUUAGCUAAAAGUAAUAAGCAGAUUUGUUUUCCAUAAUUUCAAGACACAGAAUUUUGUUGAAAGCUUUUGGAAAUAAGCAAGACUCUCAAAAAGGAACAGAAAUAUAUGAACAUGCGAAGCGAUCUUAUUGUAAAAUAUCCAAAGAUCCUUCACAGUAGAAAUUGGACAGUGCCUACUUUGAAAAGCCGUUGCAAUAAUACAAAAUAACCUUUUGUCUUGCAGAUAUCUCAAAGGCCUUGAUUUUAACAGAGAUUGGCCCAAAACGAGAUCCUGACACUUUGAAACUAUUUCUCAGCAACAUGGAGCGAUUGCUUAAGGCCCAAGCUCAUGGGUAAGAUCUUCUUUUAAAAGUAAAUAAAUCAUAAACCUUUGUAAAGAAAAGAACCAGCACCUUCAUUAACAUUUCAGUUACUGAGGCCAUCCAUUUAAAUUUUGUGAACCUAAACUUUUGCAGGCAUUCUGGUGCACUUACAGAACUCCCUUUGAACCAACUUCCCCAUUCACUGCCAUUGGCGGAGCUUCAUACUCCGGCACCGGGGGCGGAGAGCAGGCGGGGCAGGGGCGGGGCUGGCGCGCAUCCUGGGGGCGGGGCGCGCCGCCCGUAGGGACAUGGCGCGCAUCGCCUGUGGGGGGCGGGGUGCUCCCCCCACACUCCUCUUCCUCUGCCAGUGUUCAUUGCACCAUCAAUAUAACUUUUCAGUGUUAGUCAGCACCCCUCCUAUUUCUUUUUGCUUGGGAGUUAUGAAGAUGGGGCAGCCUUGUAUUGCAUUGUCAAGUCAAUAGGACAAGCAGAUAUUGCUUGCUGGAUAUGAUAACAUUGUAAAGAAAGGGGAAGAUGUUGAGACAAACACCUGGAAACAUAUGACUGGCUUUUCUUAAGAUAAUAUUUUAACUUGUUGUGAAUAUGCCAGUUUGUCUGUGCAACAAAUCGUUGGUUAAAACUGAUGACUUGUUUUUCUAACCUUGACUCAUGAGCACAUCCUCAUGGGUUGGCUUUAUCAAUGGUUUUCGUUCUUUUCACAAGCGUUUUUGCUCCCACCUGUGACUUAUUGUAGGGUUCGUGUCAUUGGAAGUUCCACAUUGGCGCUCUGUCUUCUAGCAUCUGGUGCUGCAGAUGCAUAUUACCAGUUUGGCUUGCACUGUUGGGACUUGGCAGCGGCUACAGUUAUUAUCAGAGAGGCAGGUGGUGUUGUGAUGGAUACUUCAGGUAAGCAAAAAAUAUUAUUUUUAUAACACAUGUUUAUAAUGCACAUUUAUUUAUAAAAAUAUUCAUAUCACCACAUCUUAAAAAAGCAGUUUACGACUAUCUAUCUAUCUAUCUAUCUAAACAUAACAUUUAAAUACAGGUGCCAUCAACUAAUUACCGUAUUUUUCCAUGUAUAAGACAAUAUUUCCCCCCCAAAAAAUUGAAGUUUAAAAUUGGGGGUUGUCUUAUACAUGGAAUGUUACAAUUAAAUAUAUAAAUAAAUACAUGCCGCCAUCCAUAUUAUUCCCCCCCCCCUCACCUCACUAAUGGCCUCACGACAAACCCUGGUCUGGUACUCCCCCCCAGCAGCCCCCACUCCGGACAUUGUCCUUUCCACUCGGUUCCCUCAGCCUCCCCCUGGCUACCCAGACCCCCAUUCCCCAAGCGCACUCACUCAGGCAGCUCUGGAAGUCGCAGCUCCUCGAUCAGCAUUCGCAUUUGCCGGCGCUUGUGAAGUAAAUACAGUACAUACUGUAAAUACUGAGACAAAAGUGCAACACACAGGUGGGAGAGCAGGAGCUGCAGCUACAAUGGAGUUACACUGAGCUGACGGGAGCAGCUGCCAUUACACAGCUUGCCUCACUGUUCGAUGUUUCAAUAUAUGGUACUAAAUAUACCAGUGUUUUGAAUAUUUAAUAAAAUCUCAAAGUUGUUUGGUUUGGUGUUUAAAAUAUUUAUUAAUUUUGGGCUCAAAAAAUAGGGGCCGUCUUAUACAUGGGGGUGUCUUAUACACGGAAAAAUACGGUAAUAUGGAAAGAUUGCCUGCAUAAGUCUGGUGACAUAGAAAAGUUUUUCAGGAGGUGUUAAAAAGCUGAAAAUGAAGGUGCCUGCUCAAUAUCUAUUGGCAGAGCAUUCCACCCUUACUGGGCAGAAAACGUCUCAGUUUUGUUGUUGUUGUCAGAUUAAUCCCACCAACGUAUGUUUUAACAAUGAUGUCAUAUGCUAUCAGCCAUGUGUCCCAGUCAGCAGUGUAGCUGCUGCAUUCUACACCAGCUGGAGAUUUACAGCAGACCCAAGGGCUGUGCCAUAUUGAGCACAUUAUAGUAAUCUAGCCUCGAGGUUACCAGCACAUGGACUUCUGCCGUCAGGCUAUCCCAGACCAAACAGCUGGUAAAACUCAGAGGACGCUUGGGCAUCUAGUGACAAAAAUGUAUCCAGGAGUACCCACAAGCUGGGCACAUGUUCCUUCAGAGGAAGUGCAACCCUAUCUAGAACAGGCAACUUGCCUAUCUCCCAAUGGUUGCCCCAUCCUAUGAUAGAGGGAAGGUGGGUGCGUUCCAGCUAAGCAUUGCUUCUUAAUGUCUUCCUGUGAAAUGGAGGUCUUGCAUCUGAUGAAUUGUACUAUAUGGGAAAUGGUUUGAGUCACAGAGGGGACAGAGUCUUGCAUUACUUUUGAAUCUCAGGUGCUUCGUUUGACUGAUCAAAUCCCUCUCCUUUCGUAGGUGGACCUCUAGAUCUAAUGUCAUGCCGAGUGGUUGCAGCAGGUACCCAGGAAAUGGCUGCAUUCAUAGCUCAGGAAAUUCAGACUAUUCACUAUAGACGAGAUGAUGAAAAUUGACCGGACUUAUAUAUUCCUGAAAACAAGGAAACUUGUCCUUUUGGAACUACAUUGCUUCCUUCAGGAUGGCUUGCUUAUAGGAUAAAUGGUUUAAUUGUAUGUUUCUUAAUACAGUCUAUAUAGCAAAGGUAUUAUGAAAAAAAAUUACUUGCAUUAUAGGAAGGUGAAGGGAAAUUUUUAAUUUUUGUAAGCUUCUUGGCCCCCUUUUAAUGAGAAUUUAUUUCAGCUAUGCUUUUUAAAAAAAAAUCACAGGUAUCCCAGAUUGAGUUCGCUUCUUGCCUCUUUUAGGCUGAAGCAGAGGGGAAGCGGGGUUUGUACCACAUUCAAAUAUAAAUAAAACUUUAUUUUUGCAGAUCUCAGGUAAAUUAGUCUUUCUGCAGCAAAGGGAAAAUUGUUUUGAAUUGUGUGCCUAAAGUACUCACACCCGACAGUGCUUGAGAAUUCUAAACUUAAAAGUACAUGUAUAGAACAAAGCUUAGUUACACUUCUAUUUACUUAAAAAAAAACACAACCUACACUCAUUUAUGUAGCACAGGCAAAAGUGGCAAUGGCACAUAUCCUUGAACAGUGUAUUAUAUUUAUGUGGGUAACUUAAAUAGUAGAUAUUGGUGCUGAUCAGAAGAUGAAAAGCUGUUUUUCCAACAUUUGAAAAUCUUCAGCUUCAGUCAAGCAGCACAACAUAAAUCACAGCAGGGUGUUUUUGUUUCAUGACCUAGAAAAUUCAAUACAACAUCACAUAAGGAUGUGAUGGUUUUAACCUAGGUAAUUUCACUGAGCACAGAACUAGCUUGGCAGCCAUACACACACAGAUUGGUCACUGCUACACUUGAGUCAUUACUAUGGGGAUGAGGAAUCUUAUUCAGGUGAGAACAUAAGAAGAGUCCUACUAGAUCGUGCCAAAGGUCCAUAUAGUCCAGAAUCCUAGAGUGGCCAGCCAGAUGUCUAUAUGGGAAGAUCAGGCUUCACCUUGCCCUCCAUGGGCCCUCCAGCCUUAGGAUACCAUGAGCCCUGAACUCUUGAGCCUUCUCUCCCUUGGCUCAAAGACAGUUUGGACCCCUCUAAGAGACGGGGGGAGCCCAGUGGCAACCCCACCUUUGGCUCCCCCAGGACAGAGGGGGCCUGCUUCUCCACCACCAGAGCUGGGGGUGAGCAAGAAUGCCAGGAGGGGAGGCAGGCAAGCUGAGCGGGCAGCUCUCUGGGGCCCAACCUGGACAGGUGCGAAGGAGAGGGAACACCAAGCACUCUGCAAUAUUUAAGAGACUUGUUUGAAAAACCUUCAUAGGGUGGUAACCUUUCAGGGAUUCUUUAGCUGUGGUUCCUGCACUGCAGGGAAUUGAGCUAGAUCACCCUUGGGGAAGCCUUCUAGCACUGCGAUUCUGUGUAGCUCAUAAGCAGAACCUGAGUUUAAUGGUGCUCUUCUGAUUCCCAUCAAGUGGAAUUCAGAGGCAUGCUGCCUUUGAUAGUGGAGUUUAUAGAACACUAGCAAAGAAAAUCUCUUCCACUGGGUGCUAAUACUUGAAAAGGGCUCUGAAGGGAGAUAUAUUAAAAGGACUGAAGCAAAGCAUUUUAACCAAUUAUUGAAAAUAGCACCAGAAUCUUCUGUCUUGGCUGUGUUUAGUCAGUUGCUAAGAGAACCAUGGAAUUGAGGGCUUGAGCAGGAAAGGAUCAUGACUUAGGCUUAGUUCUCACAAAUAGCAGAUAAUGUGGUAAACCUCUUCCUGGACUUGCAGGUGUGGGCUCACAUGACUGACUGAAUGCUUCUCUGUACCAAAAAACAACCAACCAACCAACCAAAAUUUAGUACGUCAGAGGAAUGAUCCUAAGUUAGCCGUUUCCCUGCCAUACAAGUUCCCUAAAUGUAGCAGUUCUGUUUCUUUAUUUUUGUAUGGCAGAGCAUUCAGCCAUAUAAGUCAGUGCAUGCUGUUUCAACUACAGCCCACAAAACAUUUAUUUCCUUAUCUGUCCUCUGUGGGAGCUAGCCCUUAGAAAUGAUGUGAAUCUACGGUUAUCCACAGUAACUGUGUGGAUAAUUGCUGUAAUUUCUGCAGCUACUGAAAGUCAGCAUCAUGACCAAAACCCAGAUACUAGAACAUUACCCCUGAAGUAGUCUGUGUCACGUUAACAUCCUCUACACCUAAACACACUGGAAAUAACUGCCAUUAAAACUAAUGAUACUUUUAAGCACAAAUACUCAGGAUUGGGAUUGUGAGACUGAGCCAGUUGGUCCCAAUAUGAAAAUCUGGGACUAGGAAUUUUCUUUUGUUCCAUAGAAAUACAACCCUGGCUUUAUAAAUAGACAUCCUACUGUCUAAGAGGAGUUUACUACAGUAUUCUAUUUAGCUAUAUGUGUGUGCAAGAAAAAGGAUUGUAAAGACCCAAAGAAUAUUAAUAAGAUGGUGAUGUAUGCUGCUCUGAGCACAACCCACUCUGUGAAUGGAAAAAGUGACUUGCAAAUAUUAUAAAUAAAUGUUCUGAAUGGAAGGGUCUGCAAAAUCACAAGACAUUGCUACAUGUUAGCCUUGCUUCUGUUGCAUUUUUUGUAUAUGUUUAAGAGCUUCUUUGCUGGAGCACUGUAUGGUGUAAGAAGCAAAGCAGCCACAGAAAUAAUCCUUUAAUUUGGUGCAUCUGGUUCACCAAAAUACUGUAUAGCCAUAUGAUGGAAACAUUGUCACACAUUGUUAAUUGCAUUGCAAAAAUAUUCUGGUGCCUGUGAGUUGUUUGCUCUGUUCCAGUCUGAACAUUAAUGGCAAUGAAUGUGUUAUCUGUGUGAAAUGUCUCAUUUUCCCAGGUAUAAAGUAUUGUGAUUUGAGUGUUUGGAAAUAGUGGUGUCUCCAACAGAAGUGAAAACUUGAAGAAAGACAUGAAGAAUGCGCACAAUAAAUGAACAGUUUUUGUGUAAUUGAACUUGUAUGCAGGAAAGCCCUAAAAAUGCAGAAACAUUUGUGGAUCACCUUUGUGUCUGUCUCAAGCUUUUAAUUUGAGCAUAGUUUUUGUGUGUGUUUUGGCAAAGCGAAGGUAGUGGGGAAACAAACUCUAAACCCAAUACUAGUGCCAACACUAAACUCAUGCUGUGUUUGAAUGCUUGUCCUAAUAGCUUAUCUUAUGGUUUAAAGGACUGCCAACUCCUUUGCUGAUUUUCUGUGGCUUUACCAGCUAAAUGGCAGGAUGGGGGGAAUCGGCAAGUUAUAGCUUUUUCUGUCAAUGACUAGAAGAUGUUAUUACUGCUUAGUCAUCUCCUUACCCCCACCCCCACCCCCAGUCAUUACUAUGCAGGUACCUUAAUUAACAAAUAAGCUGGCAAUCUGUUGUUCAGUAAUUCUGAAGCAAACAAACUGAAGCUGUGCCAGUCCUAAACCGUGAUGUGUGUCUGUCACUGCAAGUCAGACUGUACAAAUAUUUAAAAUUGAGGGAGUACAGUUAAAGCACUGUUUUCUUAAUAGCACUUAUCAUUUAUAUAGCACUUCAGAAUGUUCAAAGCACUUUCCAUGUCUCAUGUGUAAACCUUGUAAGAGUCCUCUAAGAGUAGUAAUAUCCUUAUUUUGGGGAUUGUGGAGAGAUCCUGCCUAAGACCAAGUUAAUUCAUUGAAUGAGUCAAGAUUCAAACAGUCUUAUAGACAUUUAAGGUAAAGGUAAAGGGACCCCUGACCCUUAUACACAUUUACAUGGGAGUAAAUCCCAUUUGGACAUGGGUGGCGCUGUGGGAUGCGGGUGGCUCUGUGGGUUAAACCACAGAGCCUAGGGUUUGCCUAUCAGAAGGUUAGCGGUUCGAAUCCCUGCAACGGGGUGAGCUCCCGUUGCUCCGUUCCUGCUCCUGCCAACCUAGUAGUUCAAAGGCACAUCAAAGUGCAAGUAGAUAAAUAGGUACCACUCCAGCGGGAAGGUAAAUUGCGUAUGAGCGCCGCAACCCCAGAGUCGUCCACAACUGGACCUAACGGCCAGGGGUCCCUUUACCUUUACCUAAAUCCCAUUUGAAUACAGUAAAAUAUAUUAGACAAGUUGUGCUACUCAUGCAUCUUUUCAUUUCCUUCAUUUCCAUUUUUAUAGCAGGCAUAGUUGCUAGUUGGAGCCAUGUCACUUGAGGGGGAGGGUUGUCAAUUGCCCCCCCCCCAAUGAUUCAGAAUGUCUAUUGCUCUUCUCCCUAGAAUGAUUUUGAUAAGCAACUUGGAGAGAGGGUUGGUUUAUGAGAAUCAUGGCACAAGAGAAAAACAGCACCAAAGAACAAUGGCAUUUGGACUUGGUACAUUCAUUUUUAAUAUAUAUACAGUAUUUAACCCAUCCUUUGAAAAAAUAGUGAUUGAAGCUGAGUCUAACAAGUCUUGGUAUUAUGUUGGUUAUUUUUUUGUAUACACAUUACUGUUUUCAACUGAAAAAGUAGCAGAAGGAAACUGGCCAUGUUGACAACCAAAAUGUUAAAAAAUAGCAACUCUGCUAUUUUUGGGUAGCACAAAGUAUUUUGUUUUCAGGUGCUGCACAAUGAGUUGUUUUGUGUGUGAUGUUAUUCCAACAUAAAGAACUUGGGAGCGCAUGGGUUUCCUUUAAAUGGCUUAGUUUACAAUGUUUAGACAUAAAAAUUAUGAAUCUGUCUAUACUGUGUGAUUCUUACAGUAAUUGUGCACCAUUAACUGUUCACUAUUAAACCUAUUCAUAUCUGUGAAAUACUGCUGUAAAAUCUGGUAACCCAGACAUUUCUACCUCUGUAUGGGGCUAUGAGGAAUAAUUAAAGUGUUGCAGCAAAAUCCUGUAAAUCCUACUAUUGAAUUAAAUAAUAUUAUCCAGAAUUAUUAGAAGUAUUAAUGUAUGUUGUCAAAACACUUACAUUCUGCAUGAAACUGGUUGGUCAAGGAAGUGCUGCUUCAUAUAAUGUACAGUGAACUCACAGAAGUCCUUGCUGCAAGAUGUAGUGUUAUCUGUCUAACAGAGCAUUGGACAGAUUCAAGGAGGGGUAACUGUUGAAAGCUACUAGCUGUUUUUCUUCAAAUAUAUGUAAAAUCUGAAAUGAGUAACUUGUUAACCAAAAGCUUAAGAGUACAACCUGGAACCCAGUGGUGUUUACUAGUAUUACUUGCUUUUAGUAGAGCUGUUGUCUACGUCAUGCUCAUUUAUGAUCAGCCCCUUUCAAAUAGUUAAUAGGACUUUCAUUUGUGAAGCACUGUGCAAAAUUGCAGCCUUAGAAUGCAAGCCAAAGCCUUUCAUGUGCAGGGGCCUUUGUUCUCUUUGUAAAAGGGAAAUAAAUAGCCUAGAUACAUGCAGGGGCUCCCUUCUGAAAUGUUUCCUCAGAAAAGAAAGCUAGGAAUCCUUCAGCCAUGAAAUGCAUACAGAUGUGGAUCACGACCAUAGAGUGGCUAUAGACUUUGUAUAAGUUUAAGCAGUGAGGCCACUGAAGUCUACUUGUCAUAUUUUAAGUGUCAUAAGAGGAAAACAUUUGUUAUUUGUGUUUACACCAGAUGCCAGCAGAACAUAGCAUUGAUUGGCUUAGAACUAGUCACAUCACUAAUCCUCACCCUGAAACAGUAUUUGUGGGUUGUUGUUUUUUAAUCAUUUCUGCUUUUUAAAAAGAAGAGGAAUGUACAUUUAAUUGAGUCAAACAAUAUAUUCGUAGUGUGUUUGUUUAAGUGAACAGAAUGGAAGGAGGGUCAAGAAUACUGAGCUGGCAUUAAAUUUGCUGGCCAUUAUAUUUAUCAAAUGCAUUUGUGUGGUGAUGGUAGUGGAAAAGCCGGGUUUGAGAUGCAAGACGAAAGGUCACAUCAAGUCAUGACUUUGUUUUUACCACCAAUAUGUUUAAAGAGGGAUUUUUCAAAUUACAAAUAAAUACAAGGGUGCUUGUCAUUGCUUAAAUAUUUCAAAAUGAAGUCAAAUUGACAUUAUUGUUAUUAUUAAAUUUUAAUACAUUUCAGGUUGGUAUUAUUGCACACUUCUGUAUGUUUGGACAGGUUUUCUAGCAAACUUGUGCAAACAGUCCUCUAGGAGUUCUGUUAAUGUAUUCUACAAAUAAAAGAUUAAUACAUUUGAA